AUGCCAUCGAGCAAGGCAGAGACAAUUGGCGACUCGGGUUUCGGAGGGACCCAGAGCUCUGACGACGGUGGAAAACGAGUACAGCCUACUGCGACUACAACAGGAGCGCCAGCAUGCUCAAGCGAGCACAAGUCUUUGUAUAGGAGAGGAAGCGAGCAGACACCGCGGUCGCUGAUCAAUACGGGUUACCACAAAUGGAGCUCCUUCACCCUCGAUGUGGUAUUGUGCUUGCUCCCUAUCGCCUUCGUUGUCAUUACUACUCUUGCUUUGUCACUGCAUCAUGCACCCAGGUCUCCAUCGGGCGAUCGAGUGCAGUCAUACAUCCUCCUUGCGCCAACAAUAUUUCCCAUUGUCUACGCCGCGAUUCUGGGCCGCACACUCCGACGUGUAGGCCUCUAUAUGGCCGAGAAAGGAUCUACAGUUGGGACACUCGAACGCGUCAUUGGGUGCCAGUCGCUCUUCUCAGCAAUCGAAAGACAGUACACCUUGCGUCAUUUUGACGUGCUUGGUGUUCUGAUCCUUCUUGUCUGGCUUCUCUCCCCAGUUGGCGGACAAUCCUCCUUGCGCCUCUUGACGAACCAACCGCAGAUGGUGUACUCUAUUACUCCCGCAUGGUACUAUCCGAUGCAAGCCUACAUUUGGGCGUCACUUCUCGGUUUCAACAACGCAAUGCGCUUCCAUCAUAUUUCGGUUCCAUACAUGGCCGCAUUGCAGUCUUCGAGUCAGACCAUCAAUUCAAGCAGGGACAUGUGGGGCAACUUGAAGAUACCAGAUAUCAAGUACCUGGACGGCUAUCAGGCAAACAAAUCCAUUGGCACAUGGCUACACAUCGGUAACGAUACUCAGCUCACCUACACCUCUUUACUUGGUAUGCCCAUCUUCGGUAUUUCUACACCCGGCAAUUCAACCUUCAAUCUCACUUCUCACUACUGGAGCAUCGAUUGCGAGAAAGCUUCCGGAAACUAUUCUCGAACGCCUUGGUUGUCUUCUGAGACAGAGUUGAGCACGUACGCCCUAAUCACUUUCAACGAGUCCCUUGCAGCGGGUGCGAGAACAGUGUACUCUUCCAGGAAACCCUUGACAAAAGGUAGCACCUUGUCAGGGAACAUCACUGAAACCUAUGUGGUAAGUGCGACAUGUUAUGCUCAACCUAUCCGUGUCGAAACACAUAUAGCCUGUUGGGGUACAACAUGUCGUGCUCAAGCUAUGAGAGAGCUCGACUGGAAUCAACUCGACGAUCAGAGGCUAAUCCUGUAUUCGAAUUACACGGAUAUACUGAGGAACAUGACAACAGCAGACAAAGCAAACGCCGAAGGUGCAGCGACGCAGAGUCAAAUGACCGAGACAUUUAUUGCUGGUCAAAUACUCCUCGCUGGAUACGCAACAAGUCUAGACGGAAGCUGGGUGGACAUAGAAACGCUAUCUAAACAGGUCCUGAGCAGCCGACUACAGCAAGCAAUCAACACAUACUGGGACGCCAGCGUCGGCAAUAUGCAUCGAAGCUGGGAACACCAACCGGACGAUAGACCACCUGAAGUUUGUAUCGUCCGACAACGGGAAUGUCGUUCGCGCAAACUGAACUGGAACGUAACUGAAUUCCAUUCCGAAAAACACAGCGGUGAGCAAUACGCCUGCAAUUCCGGUUACGCAGUCAUCACGAUUGCCAUUUCUUGCUUCCUGUUCCUAGCAGCAGUGCUGAGUCUUAUACUUGGCAUCAUCACUACGGCACCUGAUAUCUUGGGCUUCGUAUCGACAGCGGCCAGAAACAAUGUCUACUUUGAGGACCGCGUGCCGUCUUAUUUUGAUGGCUUAGAGGCUACCAGAGCACUUAAGGACAUCAAAGUCAGGAUUGGCGAUGUUGCUGGCGACAAUGAGGUUGGUCGUGUUGCUUUUACAAGCUUGGAGAGUGCAUCGAGAAGGCUGGUCAGGGACAGGCUGUACGAUUGA